AUGACUUCGAACCGCCGGCGAUUUCUGUGGCUCCCCAAGAUGUCCAUCAUCAUCUUAGGCCUCGGCAUCAUUUCACUGAUGAUGUUUAGAGAUGUGCUCCUUCAAGCAGAGUUCGGCAACCUCAAGCCAGCGCUCCCAUGGCCUGCCCCAGGUGGCCAGAAGCUGAAGCUCCUACCUGAGGAGCGACUCAGGACCCUCUUUACCUACGAUGGACUCUGGCUGUUCCCGAAAAACCAGUGCAAAUGUGACACCAACAAAAGGCAGGGAAGUUAUAACUUGCAGGCCGCCUAUGGCCAGAGCGACCUCCCAGCAGUGAAAGCGAGGAGACAGGCUGAGUUUGAACACUUUCAGAGGAGAGAAGGGCUGCUCCGCCCACCACCUCUGCUGGCCCAGCCCAACCUCCCCUUUGGGUACCCAGUCCAUGGAGUAGAGGUGAUGCCCCUGCACACAGUUCACAUUCCAGGUCUUCAGUUUGAUGGACCAAAGCCCGUGUAUGAGGUCACCAUGACAGCUUCUCUUGGGACGCUGAACACCCUCGCUGACAUUCCAGACAGCGAGGUGCAGGGCAAAGGUCAGAAGCGGCUGACCAUUUCCACCAGCAACCGGCAGCUGUUGAACUUUGUCCUCCAGCAUGUGACGUACACCAGCACGGGGUAUGAACACAAUAGGAUGGACACUGUGAGUCUGGAGUCCAAGUCUUCAGUGGCCAAGUUUCCAGUGAUCAUCCGCUAUCCUGUCAUACCCAAGUUAUAUGACCCUGGACCAGAGAGGAAGCUCAGAAACCUGGUGACCAUUGCCACCAAGACUUUCCUCCGUCCCCACAAGUUCAUGAUCUUACUCCGGAGUAUUCGAGAGUAUUACCCAGAUUUGACCGUGAUAGUGGCUGAUGACAGCAAGAAGCCCCUGGAAAUUAAUGACAAGCAUGUGGAGUAUUACACCAUGCCCUUUGGGAAGGGCUGGUUUGCCGGUAGGAACCUGGCUAUAUCUCAGGUCACCACCAAAUAUUUUCUCUGGGUGGACGAUGACUUCCUCUUCAACAACAUGACCAAGAUAGAGGUGCUGGUGGACGUCCUGGAGAAAACCGAACUGGAUGUGGUGAGCGGCAGUGUGGUGGGAAAUGUGUACCAGUUUAAGCUGUUGCUGGAACAGAGUGAGAGUGGGGACUGCCUUCACAAGAGGCCGGGCUUUUUCCAGUCCCUGGACGGCUUCCCUGGCUGCGUGGUGACCAGCAGCAUCACCAACUUCUUCCUGGCCCACACAGAACGACUCCAAAGAGUUGGCUUCGAUCCCCGCCUGCAACGAGUGGCUCACAUAGAGUUCUUCAUUGAUGGGCUGGGGAGCCUUCUUGUGGGGUCCUGCCCAGAAGUAAUCAUAGGUCACCAGUCCCGAGUUCCACCGACUGACUCAGAGCAGGCUGCCCUGGAGAAGACCUACAGCACAUACCGGGCCAACACUGAUGCCCAGGUCCAAUUCAAGCUGGCUCUCCACUACUUCAAGAACCAUCUCCAAUGUGCCACAUAA